AUGCAGAAAGUAAAACAAAGUUAUGCAUCAAAAAAGGAGCCGUCCGAAGCAGAGAUUGAUUCUAUAGAUGAUAUCAUAUGUAGGAACGAUUCAUCGAAGAAGGAGCCUGCAUCGGAACAAGUGCAUGUAAAAACACCUGAUGAUGUUCCAGAAAAAUUUCAUCAUAUGAAGAACCGUGAAGCAUUAUUAAGAGAUGGCCUUUUUAAGAAAGAAUACACGUCUUAUCAACCUAUAUUGCAGGUCAAAGAUGAUUUUAGUGAACAAAGUGACAAGUUACAAGACGCAAAAUUCGAAGUGGCAGGUAGUUCUAUGUACACCAAUGACAAACUGCGCAGAGACGAAUUGUUUGGAAAAGAUAUAUCAAGAAAUUCGAUUGAUCUACUAAACAAGAAGGAAUUGAUGAGAAAGGAGCAUCUAAUUAACAGAAUAUAUGUAACAUUCUCUAAGAGUUUAUAUAGAAGGAUGCAGUACAUAAAUGAAUGCGGUUUAUUGAGAAGCUAUGGAAAGGAAGCACAACCUGAGAAUGACAAGGGUGUGUAUAUAACAGAGAACAAUAGAUUAUUUAAGAAGAUUAAUAUCAUAAGUGCGGAUGGGUUUACACCCGAUGAAGAUGCGUCAGCGAUAGUUGAUGAAUAUGCGGAGAACUUAGAUUUAACGUGCCAAAAUAGUCUAUUUAAGAAAAUUCACCAUCAGGGAGAAGGGGAUUUAGAAAAUAUAAAAGAAUUAUUGAAAAGAAAAGAAAAAGAAGAAGCAAGGGAAUCUGUAAAGAAAAAGAUAUUACCACAGGAAAGGAAGCACACCAUAUAUAUAUACUUGCAUGAAAAAGAGAAAGAUAGAGAAAAGAUAUUACCACAGGAAAGGAAGCACACCAUAUAUAUAUACUUGCAUGAAAAAGAGAAAGAUAGAGAUCCAGAUAAGAAUAAAAAUGAUUGGGUUAUAUAUAAACGCAUUGAAGAUCGCAAAGUAAAGGUUGAAUUACUAGAAGAUGUGCACACAAUGAAUAAGCUUGAUGUAACAGCCGUUGAUUCAGUAUAUAAAGAGACAGAGGAAACACUUAUGAGAAGUGUCUUAGAGCCAGCCAAAAAAAUGGUGAGACCCCAUAUCGAAGUAACAGAAGAAUCUCUUAUGAAAAAUGUCCUGGGGCUACAGGAAAAGCUCACCAAAUCCAAUAUUAAAGAAACUAUGAGGAAGGUGGCCAAAUAUGGUAUUCCAGGGGUACUGGCAAUGGUCGUCUUACCAUUCCUUGUGAUGGAAUAUCUGAAGAUACCUGGUGCCAGUGCUUUUCUGGAGGCUGAAUUAAUAGGGGCAAAAGCGGGUUUAAGUAAAGCGGUAGAGCAUAUCCCGGAAGUCGUCAUGGAAACCACAACUUGUGUAGUAGAGACAGUAGUUUCAUCUUUCAUCAGCUGGUUGCUCCAGUUGCCUACGUCGGCGCCCGAGAAGAAUGAUACCUCCUGUGCGAUCCACACAGCGGAAAAAACUGUAAAGGCAAUGGCUGAAGGAGCAGAUCAUGGCACCGCUGUAGGUACCUCAAUUGGAAUGUCAAACACAUGGAUUCAAUUUGGAUUGGAAAUAGCAAUGGCUGCUGCCAUUCUCAUCAUUGUUGAGGUUAUUUUCCAAAUAUUUCUGUAUCUGGAUAAUAGGGGCCACCUGGAUUUCAUUGCUAAAUACAGAAGACGUUUUAAACGUUUCAUGGUUGAAAGAGAAUACAAAAUGCGUAAGCCAAAGUCAUUUUAA